AUGAAUAGCAGUAGCACUUAGAAAUCUUAAGGACGAGGAGGAUCAUCUAGUUAGAAGAGAAUCAAUUAGCUUCUAUAUAUCAAAUCCACUAGAGAUCUAGAGAAGGAUGAUAUAAAUUGGUUAACUUAUUUUGGCUUUAUCAAGACAUUAUUCAACCCUGAAAACUAAAACUCUUCAAAUUCUUAAUCUAAUUAGGUCAAUAGAGUGCAGGUUAAAGAAGAAAUUAUUAUCGUGAAUCUAGAUUAAAAAGACAUAAAAUUAGAAGAGAAAAUAAGGGAUGUAAAAGCAGACAAAUAAAUAAUGAAAACUGACAUAAACUACGAUUAAGAGGUAUCAUUAAUUCCAAAUUAGAUUAUCCAAUAAAUUUAAAUAGCCCAGUCCAAUGGAGCAGAAAUUCAAAGCAUAUUAGAAAACUAUAGUGGAAUUCAAAAUAUUCCAAUUUUAACAGAGAUUGAUAAGAUAUCAGAGAUAUCUCCCAAGGAUAAGAUAUCAUUUAAGCUUAAAAGCAACUAAAUUUAUAACCAAUAAUGGUAGAAGCUUGCAUUUAAAAUGAAGAUGAUGAAAUAGAAUAAGAGAACUUAGAUGAUGAAAGCAGUGAAAGCAUAGAAUCACAGAAUGAGAAUUUUAUUUAAAUGUCCUUUACAAAUAAAUAAACUUCAACAGUUAUUUUCAAAGAAUCUUUAACCUAUACUGAUGAAUAAGCAAGAGAAUCAUUCGUCAUAUUUGAACCUGAGAAUUGAAAGAAAAAUCCAUAACUUCUUAAAUUUAUUAACUUACUAGUCUAUAGAAGAGACCUAAACUGAGACUGAUUAAAAAUUAGAAGAAAAUCAAUAAGAAACAUAGAAAAAGUUUGAGAAUUAAAUCAUAAGAAAGAGGGAUCUAUAAUAUCUGUUAAAAUAAUAGCAAAAAUAAGAUAAAGUUGGUAGAAAUAAUUACAGUAGACAUGCUAAAUUUGAUUUUUCAAUUAACGCAAGCGAAGAUGAUAUGAUAUAUGACUGA